CAAAAGCUUCUCGUCGCACCAGUACCACACGUACAAGCAUACCGGGCUCGUCUCGCACCAGUUUCCACCGAUCCCCGUGUCCGUCCGUGGAACGGAGACACGGCCGGUAGAGACAGGACGCUCGUCUAGCACCGCGAAUCGAUCCCGAAAUCGAACCGACAUCGCCCGGUGAACCGCGAAUUCCGACGGCUGCACCGAUCACCGGUCCUCCACGUGACACCGUCGACCGAUCUCGCCCGAGACCGAGUGCUAACCUAAGUGGCCGAGGAUUUAAUCCGCGCUAGAGACACGUAGUGAAUCAUUCCGGACAUUUUCAUCGAGUCAGAGGAUCCUGCUAAGUGUCCAUCGAACUUUGGUUGCGUCGACGGCCCGACUCCAGCCUGUGGACUUAGCUACCGAUCGAUCCCCAUCGAUCGCGAAUACUUCAGCUACGAAAUUAACCAACUGACGCGAGACUUCUCUAUUAAAAUCUUCGGUUCCGGCAAUAUAAAUAGAGCCGGAUCGUAGCUUCGUUUCCGGUGUAGUCGUUCAAAGGCUGGUUCAAAAGUCAAGGUUAAGGCUGAAGAUUUAUUACUUCGAUAUACACCGAGCUAUCGCUGUUCGUUCGUUCGGCAUGGAUCCAAAGAUCGGACGCCGGGCACGGUUGCGUAUUAAUCAUUAAUGAGCACGCUCCGCCGCUAAUUGAGCCUGCUCCUUCGCGGUUGUCCACGUUGAUUUAUCUCGUGCUGUUUUAUUCGGGUUCGAUGACGCUCUCGAUGCACACCGCGCUUCAGCCGUGCAGUGCGUGAAGUGAGAACGUCGCUGACAGAGGAUAAAUGCGGUUCCGAACCAGGACUCGACGUGCCUCGUACCGGAAGUCGAUGGACUCGCGAAGCUGACGAACGCUGUUACACGCAGGCGGCCGAGUACACGGUGUUCACGGGUCCCGUAGGUUGACCGCCGAUUCUUACCGCGCGAAAGGCUCGUUCGAGGUCCACGUACCGCUCGCGAGCUCUCGUACGCAUCCCGGGAAAAUGGCGCAUCUCCGGCGGCCGGCUAGGCGGGAGCAUUACAAGCCCUUCGGCAGGAGGAAGGGCUCGGCAGACUCGAACUACUCGCAGCCGAGCUCGGAUCUCUCGCUGGACGAGGAGAAGGAGAGCUUGCGACGCGAGAAGGAGAGGCAGGCCCUCAGUCAACUUGAAAAAGCCAGGACGAAACCGGUAGCGUUUGCAGUGCGGACCAAUGUGAGCUAUGACGGAUCCGUCGACGACGAUUCGCCGGUGCAUGGCUCGGCAGUCAGCUUCGAGGUCCGCGACUUUCUGCACAUUAAGGAGAAGUAUGACAACAACUGGUGGAUAGGUAGGCUCGUGAAAGAGAACUCGGACGUCGGUUUCAUCCCGUCCCCGGUUAAGUUGGAGGCCCUGAGGCAGCAGGCGAGCGCUGCGCGUGGCACGAAGGGCCUGUACUCGGCGCGCGGAGGGUCUUCAGGGAACCUUGGCGAGAGUGGUAUGCCCUCACGUGGUUCCACACCACCUACACCAGGUGACGACAGCGACAGCGUUGGGAACGUGCGGGGCGGGAAGGCGACCUUGACGACGCCGCCGACGAAGGAGAAGCGGAAGAACUUCUUCAAGAAGCCGUCCUACGAAACGACUACACCGUAUGACGUCGUACCUUCCAUGAGGCCGGUCGUCUUGGUGGGUCCUUCGCUGAAGGGUUAUCAGGUCACGGAUAUGAUGCAGAAGGCGUUGUUCGAUUUCCUGAAGCAUCGAUUCGAGGGCAGGAUAAUUAUCACCAGGGUGGCAGCUGAUAUAUCGUUAGCGAAGAGGUCCUUGUUGAACAACCCAACGAAAAGGGCGAUCAUGGAACGGUCCACCAACAGGAGCAGCUGUUUAGCCAAGGUUCAAGCGGAAAUCGAGAGGAUUUUCGAGCUUGCCAGGACUCUCCAGCUGGUAGUUCUGGACUGCGACACCAUAAACCACCCGUCGCAGCUAGCGAAGACCAGUCUAGCUCCCACGAUCGUCUACCUGAAGAUUUCGUCGCCGAAGGUGCUGCAGAGGUUGAUCAAAUCACGCGGCAAGUCGCAGGUGAAGAACAUGAACGUGCAGAUGGUGGCGGCGGAGAAGCUGGCGCAGUGUCCAGCCGAGAUGUUCGACGUGAUCCUCGACGAGAACCAGCUGGAGGACGCGUGCGACCACGUGGCCGAGUACCUGGAAGCCUACUGGAGGGCCACGCAUCCUCCGGUGAUCGCGACAGUGGCGCGGCCGAUCCCAGCGCCCGACGCGCCCGUCGACGCGCUGACACCGCGCGUCACAUCAGGUGCCCGUCGCCAGAGUUACUACGGCCACGAGCCAAGAGGAUCGGGCUCGUAUAGCGGCGGACACGUGACCGAGGGAACGAGAAGAUACUACGGCACCGAGGAGGAACCGUACGUUGGUGGCGUCGACAAUGGCAGUGCAUCGAGGCGUCGCCAGCAACAGGACUCGCGCGCAUUGAACGCCAUUUAGGAGCUGGGGCCCCGGGGCCUGUCGCUACAGCGCUGUCCCCACCUGCGCACCACUGCUCUUUAGUGGGGUCGCCUCCUGGUACGCUACAGAACGUACGAAUUGCUUACGCUACCUUAGCGAGAUGUCGCUCUGGUCUGUUAGUGGGGUUUUCUUUCCUGUCGCUGCCCGUUAAAGCAAAAAGAAAAACAACCGUCUAAUAUCUGAUCACGCUAUCCAUGAGCGAGUUUUCACGCUAGACACCACGCAAACGGUAGCGAAACACGCUGCGUAACAGUACCGAAGGAUUCCACGAAGUUUUCUUUCAUCGUUUCGUAUCAUUCGUCGUAGCGAACACGUUACGGAAUGAUCGGAGAAACGAUUCUCUCGUUUUGUAUUGUUGUCAAAGGCGAUUACGUUGCCGCACGCUACCGAUUCAUCUUUAUCGUUUUUGUUGUCGGUCGCAACGGUCCCGUACGCCUUCCAUUUCCAGAAGAAUUUCUGUUGUUUUUCUUUUAUUUUUAUUUGUUGUUCGUGUAGCGAGCACGCUACCACAUUGGAGAACGUUAUAUUUUCUUUUUUAUUUGUUGUCCGUGGCGAACACGCUACGAGGUGAUGCGAGGGAGUUGUCUAUUUUUAUUUGUAAUUGUUGUCGAAGGCGGCUACGCUACCGUGCGCCGCCAGUUUCUUUUUUUUUUGUUACUUUAAUUUUUGUCGUCGGUUGUAACGGUAUCGUUCGCCUUCGGUUGUAUCUAGAAGAAUUUCUGUAACUCGUUGUACUCGCGACUGAUCUACGAUAGGCACUUCGUUUCCGUAUAUUUUUGCCGCCAGUGUUGGAUCACGCGAAAUCGAGAAGGAAACUUAGCCGUCGAAAGCGUGCAUGUUACUUUGACGCAAGAUCCCGAUAGUUAGACACGUAGUUGGGGACCCGUUUCGUUGUUCGAAGGGUAUCGUUUCGUACGUAGGAUUUAAUUUACUCCGUUUAUUUUGCAAGGAUAGAGUUAUAAUCGUACUUGUAUUCGACCUGUUUCAAGUGAGUUGCACGCCACGUACGAUACAGUUGUUUUAGGACAACGUGUACGAGCUUCGGAGACAAGUAAGAAUAGCUAAUUAGUGUCUCCCCUUUAAAUUAGCGCUGAAUACGUUUCUUUCUCUGUCAACGCGAAUAGAAUUGUAGAUACUAUCUUCCUGUUGUCUCUAUUCCAGUUGGUUUGAUACGAUCGUUUACGAGUAUCAUUAAUAGUGUAGCAUUGUCUAGUGCGGUGGUUUUCAAUCUGAUAUACUGGAAACAACCGAUUAUUCCACUAUUGGGUCAUUUAUUUCAAGUUACAGCGUAUAAAUUCGACAGAACACCGACCGAAACAAAGAUUGGGAACCACUAGUCUAGUGACCUCCUCGUAUUUUAAUGAAUGCUUUCUGUCGGACUUGUUUCACAGACCGUUUAACGAUAUCCGUCGUUCUGUCGUUAGCAGAACAGUAGCCACUCGAGACUUUCACUGACCAUUUUUUCCAACAGGAAUUCCGCAUACGAUGGGCGGGUUGAAACAGAUCAUUGAAUGUCCUUGUCAAUGCGGUACGCACAGGAUAAACCCCCAUUCGCGGAACCAGCUGAACGAGAUGAGUAGACACGAGAUAAUCACGUGAGAACAAACAAAAGUAAU